AUGAUGGGGGUGAUGGGGAUGAUGGGGAUGAUGGAGAUGAUGGGGCUGAUGGGGAUGAAGGGGCUGAUGGAGAUGAUGGAGAUGACGGGGGAUGAUGGGGAUGAGGGGGAUGAUGGGGGGGGUAAUGGGGAUGAUGGCGAUGAUGGGUGUGAUGGGGAUGAUGGAGAUGAUGGGGAUGAUGUGGAUGAUGGGGAUGAUGGAGAAGAUAAAGAUGAUGGGGAUGAUGGGAUGAUGAUGGAGAUGAUGGGGAUGAUGGGGGAUGAUGGGAUGAUGGGGAUGAUGGGGAUGAUGGUGGAUGAUGUGGAUGAUGGGAUGAUGAAGAUGAUGGGGAUGAUGGGGAUGAUGAUGGAUGAUGGGGGUGAUGAUGAUGAUGGAGAUGAUGGGGAUGAUGGAGAUGAUGGAGAUGAUGGGGAUGAUGGGAUGAUGGGGGUGAUGGGGAUGAUGGGGAUGAUGGAUGAUGAUGAUGGGGGUGAUGGGGAUGAUGGAGAUGAUGGGGGGGGGUGA